AUGAGUGAUAGAAGAAGAAUACUAGGGCCAUCAAAUACAAUAAUACCCAACAUCCCGCAACAUCAAAAUAUCAACACAAAAAAUUCCACCAAACUUGAAAAUGAAAUACCUAAAUUCUUUUUAAAAAAUUCAAUAAUAAAAAAUUCCAAUGGUUCAUCAUACCUUGAAAUAGGUUCAACAAUAAUAGAAGUAUCAGUAUUUGGUCCUAGACCAAUUAGAGGUUCAUUUUUAGAUAAAGCAUCAAUAAGUAUAGAAACAAAAUUUUUAAAUAAUGUACCACAACCAUUAUCUGAUUUUUUUAAUUUUAAAAAUUUAAGUAAUAAUGGGAAUGAAAAACCAAUUGUGGGGAUGAGUAAUAUAGAACAUCGUAUAAGUUCAUUUGUUGAGAAUUGUAUAUUAUCUACUAUAUUAUUAGAAAAUUAUCCAAAAUCUACAAUUGAUUUUCAAAUUAGUAUUAUUUCAAUAGAUCCUUCAGCAACGGGAAUUUCUGGAUUAUUAUGGUUAAUUAAUUGGAUUAUGAUAUGUACAAGUUUAGCGAUUAUUGAUACUGGGAUUGAAAUUAAAGAUAUUAUAUCUAGUGGAAUAGUUAAAUUAAAUUCAAAUGGAGAUGUACUUGUUGGAGAAAAUUUACUACAGGAAGAAGAUUCAGGAAUUUUUGCAUUGAUUAGUUUUUUGAAUUUAAAAAAUGAUGAAAUUGUUGGGUGUUGGUUUGAAAGUAUUAACAUGGAAGUAAAUGAAGAAAAUAUGAAUAUAUUAGUUGAUGAAUGUAGUAAAGUUUCAAAAUUAAUUAGAGCAAAUUUAAAUUCUUACUUGAUUAAUAGUUUUAAUGAAUAA